AUGGAGCUCAAAACUGUGCUACUAUUGGUGAUCGCUGCAUAUAGUUCAGCAAAACCCAUUUCAACUGAGGAGAAAGACAAAGCUUUGUUAGCCAAGAAAUAUCUUCAAAGGUUUUAUGGAAUGCCAGCUGGCCUUUCAGCGACCGGGAAAGUCAUCUGAUCUCAUGCAGCAGAAGAUCGAGAGAUGCAGGAGUUUUUUAAGCUGGAAGUGACCGGAAAGCUGGAUGACAACAGUGAGCUGAUGAAAAUGGCUCGCUGCGGAGUUCCAGAUGUGGCUGAAUAUAAUCACUUUCCUCGAGAUCUUAAAUGGAAAACCACAAAUGUGACCUUCAGGAUUCUGAACUAUACUCCUGAUCUGAAGCAGAAGGUGGUGGACAGAGCCCUAAGAAAAGCACUGAACGUCUGGAGCACAGUAACCCCGCUAAAAUUCACGAAAACGUAUGAUGGAAAUGCCGACAUCAUGAUCAGCUUUGGAACAAAAGAACAUGGAGACUUCAACCCGUUUGAUGGACCUGAUGGGCUUCUUGCCCAUGCCUAUCCUCCUGGAAUCGGCAUCGGUGGCGAUACACACUUUGACGAGGAUGAAACAUGGACAGAAGACUAUCAUGCGUUCAAUCUGUUCCUGGUUGCGGCUCAUGAGUUUGGUCAUGCUCUCGGUAUGGCUCAUUCGUCUGACCCCGGAUCCCUGAUGUACCCGGUUUACUCCUACGCCAAAGGUUUCCCUCUCUCUGAGGACGACAUCGAGGGCAUCCAGUCUCUCUAUGGCGAAAACCCAGACCAUGAAAAAUUCAAGCCCAAACCGAUUGCUCCACAGAAAUGUGACCCUGAACUGAGUUUCGAUGCCAUCACUGAACUGCGUGGAGAGACUAUUAUUUUUAAAGACAGGGGAAACUCGUCCUCACGUUCCUCCUGCUGUUGUUUUUCUGGCUCUUCUUCAGUGGUAUCUUUUGUCAAUGAGGUUUUGGGCUUUACUCUCCAGAGAAUCCUGUCACACCACGCAGCACAACAUUAUACAGCCAACAUGGAGCUCAAAACUGUGCUACUAUUGGUGAUCGCUGCAUAUAGUUCAGCAAAACCCAUUUCAACUGAGGAGAAAGACAAAGCUUUGUUAGCCAAGAAAUAUCUUCAAAGGUUUUAUGGAAUGCCAGCUGGCCUUCAGCGACCGGGAAAGUCAUCUGAUCUCAUGCAGCAGAAGAUCCGAGAGAUGCAGGAGUUUUUUAAGCUGGAAGUGACCGGAAAGCUGGAUGACAACACUGUGGAGCUGAUGAAAAUGGCUCGCUGCGGAGUUCCAGAUGUGGCUGAAUAUAAUCACUUUCCUCGAGAUCUUAAAUGGAAAACCACAAAUGUGACCUUCAGGAUUCUGAACUAUACUCCUGAUCUGAAGCAGAAGGUGGUGGACAGAGCCCUAAGAAAAGCACUGAACGUCUGGAGCACAGUAACCCCGCUAAAAUUCACGAAAACGUAUGAUGGAAAUGCCGACAUCAUGAUCAGCUUUGGAACAAAAGAACAUGGAGACUUCAACCCGUUUGAUGGACCUGAUGGGCUUCUUGCCCAUGCCUAUCCUCCUGGAAUCGGCAUCGGUGGCGAUACACACUUUGACGAGGAUGAAACAUGGACAGAAGACUAUCAUGCGUUCAAUCUGUUCCUGGUUGCGGCUCAUGAGUUUGGUCAUGCUCUCGGUAUGGCUCAUUCGUCUGACCCCGGAUCCCUGAUGUACCCGGUUUACUCCUACGCCAAAGGUUUCCCUCUCUCUGAGGACGACAUCGAGGGCAUCCAGUCUCUCUAUGGCGAAAACCCAGACCAUGAAAAAUUCAAGCCCAAACCGAUUGCUCCACAGAAAUGUGACCCUGAACUGAGUUUCGAUGCCAUCACUGAACUGCGUGGAGAGACUAUUAUUUUUAAAGACAGGUUUUACUGGCGGCUGCAUCCAAAUAUGCCUGAACCUGAACAAACCCUCAUUAAAAGCACCUGGCCCGAAAUACCAAACAAAGUAGAUGCUGCCUAUGAGAACCCAGAGAGAGAUGUGGUCAUCAUAUUCAGUGGUAUCAAAAUGUGGGCUCUCAAUGGCUACACUCUUGUUGACGGCUACCCAAAAUACAUCCACAAACUUGGUCUCCCGAAAACGGUCCGCAAAAUAGAUGCUGCUGUCAACAUUCGAGAUACGGGCAAGACUCUACUGUUUGUAGAUGAAGAAUACUGGAGUUUUGAUGAGCAGACGGGCACUAUGGACACUGGAUACCCACGAUCCAUUGAGGACGACUUUCCUGGAAUAGGAGAUGAAGUGGACGCCGCUGCUUAUCAUUACGGAUACUUGUACUUGUAUCAUGAACAUACUCAGUUUGAGUACAGUUACAGCGCAAGGAAAGUCGUUCGCAAUGAGGGCAAACUCCAUACUCAACUGCUGAGCACUUACAACUGUUAUUAAUUCUGUGUAAAUUAACAUUCAUUUUUAGGUUGCACUUUAUUUUACAGUACUUGUACUUAAUGUGUAAUUAGAAGGAACUGGGUUAUAUAAUGUGGGUAAAGGUCAGGGGUAAGUUUAGAGAUAGACCAAGUUAUUACCCAAUUUAUGUAAAAACUAUGAUAAGUUCAUAUAAAACAUUCAGUCGUUCAUUUUCCUUCGGCUUAGUCUCUUUAUUUAUCAGGGGUCACCAAAGUGGAAUGAACCCCCAACUAUUCCAGCAUAUGUUUUACGCAGCGGAUGCCCUUUCAGCUGCAACCCAGUACUGGGAAACACCCAUACACUCUCACAUUCACACACAAUCAUACACUACAGCCAAUUUAGUUUGUUCAAUUCACCUAUAGCGCAUGUCUUUGGACUGUGGGGGAAACUGGAGCACCCGGAGAAAACCCACACGAACAUGAGGAGAACAUGCAAACUCCACAUAGAAAUGCCAACUGGCCCAGCCGGGACUUGAACCAGCGACCUUCUUGCUGUGAGGCGAGAGUGCUUAUCACUGAGCCACUGUGCCGCCCCCAUAUGAAACAGUUGUGUAAAAUAAAGUGCAACCCAUUUUUAUGUGCUUUCAACUACUGAGCUGGUAAAUCAGUAGAGCGUCUCUGGGAUUUUGUCGUUUAUAUAUUUAUAGACUAUGAUUCUGGAAUCAUAGUAACACUAGAUUCUGUAUAUGCAUCCAAUGGGAGGCGAAGAAAGUGAUUAAACUGAAAAACUGUGUUAUGAGAAAUAGCAAAAACCACUGUUAAUAAAUGAA